ACUAUAAUUUAAAAACAUUGUAUAACCACAGCAGUCUCCAACAUUCUCUUCGUCAGAACUCUUAUUUGAUCAUCCAUGAUCAAACUUUCUUCUCCUUCAAGGGUGAUGCAACGGCGGCUCAGCCUCGGCCGCCAUGUCGGAACUCGCAUCUUCUCCAUUAUCUCCUUGGCAGCAAUCUUUUUCACCUACAUGUUCACUACACAAACAUUAACUUCCAAUCUUUCAACUCAUGUUUUACACAACCAAACCCUUAUUGUACAACAUGUAAGGUUGACCACUUUUUCAAUCCAUAAACCUAAAGAAAUCCCUCAAGAAACUAUCUUACAAGAUGAUCACAAACCCUUUUAUCGACCAAUCAAUCAUAUCAUCAAAGAAAUGAUCAACAAAUCCAACGAAAACCUACCCGAAUUCGAUAUCCUAAAGUCAACCACUUUGACUCGAAGAUUCAAGCAAAGGGCUCAUGAGUUCUUUAAAGAAGGGUGCAAAGUUCGUUUCUUUAUGACAUGGAUAUCACCCUCCAUGAGGGUUUUUGGAGAAAGAGAGUUUAUAGCUCUAGAUGCUUUGUUUAAGUCGAAUACGAAUAGUUGUUUGAUGAUUUUAUCAAACACUAUGGACUCUAGUUACGGGUUUCAGAUCCUGAAACCCGUAACUGAUCGUGGGUAUCACGUCCAAGCGAUCACACCCGACUUGGAGUUCUUGUUCAAGAACACCCCGGCUCAGUCUUGGCUAGAUCAUAUCAAGAAUGGGAAAAGAAACCCUGGGAAAAUCCCAUUAGCACAAAACCUCUCGAAUUUGAUCAGACUGGCAGUUCUUUACAAGUAUGGUGGCGUUUACAUCGAUACAGAUUUCAUCAUUUUGAAAGAUUUUAGCGGUUUGCGCAACUCAAUUGGUGCACAAAGCGCAAGCCGGUCUGGGAACUGGACAAGGUUAAACAAUGCAGUAUUGGUUUUUGACAAGAACCAUAAGUUAUUGUACAAAUUCAUGGAGGAAUUUGCCGCGACUUUCGAUGGAAACAAAUGGGGACAUAAUGGACCAUACCUUGUGUCCCGUGUGGUCGAAAGGGAAGCUGCGAAACUCGAGCUGAAUUUUACCGUUUUGCCGCCUAAGGCGUUUUAUCCGGUGGAUUGGACACGAGUAGGAGGCUUCUUUACAACUCCAGUUAACCAGGUUAACCGGAGAUGGGUUGAAGCUAAGGUGGAUCAACUAAACAGGUUGAGUUAUGGAGUCCAUCUAUGGAACAAGCAAAGUUGCAAAUUAAGGAUUGAAGAAGGAAGCAUCAUGGCUAGAUUGUUUCUUAAUUAUUGUGUUAUAUGCAACGUAAAAUAAUUUAUGACAAUCAAACAUGACGAGUUCAGUUCUUUUUAGGCUAAAAAUAUCCGUUCUUGUUCUUAUAAUAUAUAAGAACGAAGGCGUUCAUUUCAAAAUCAAUGUUCUUAUAAUAUAUAAGAACGGAGGGGCGUUCAUUUCAAAACCAAUAAUAGAACGCUGUAAUCUGAUGUUGUAUGAAUGUUCGGUAACAUGUAUAAUAAUCUUCUGCAAUACAAGUGUCAUCUUAAGCAGUUUUCAUUGA